GUUUUCUCUUGCAUUCUUGUUCAAAGUCUGCUACUUUUGGCUACAAGGCCCAUAUUUUUUCCACAUACUACAAAUACCAUUGAUAGUCGCUCUCUGUCCGUACUGAAGGUCCCGCGACGUCGCAGUUACUUUGAAUGCUGGAUCUUCUGGAUUAUCGUUGAAGUCGCCGAUUUCGGCUAGAACCAGUUAUGCCCAGAUGGUGGGUUUUGUAUAAAUCGGCCACGAUGCUGUCUUGAUCGGAACUUUAGUUCCGGCGAUGGUUUUAACAGUCAUUUAUUCGAACCUAUGGAUUACGCACUGCAAGUGUUCGAUGAAAUGACUGAACGAGAGAUAUGGUUUAUAAAACCGUAAAAUGUUAAAGAAUUCUUUCACAGAAUUAGGAAGAUACAUGAGAAAGAUGGGCGUAGAUAUAAACUCAUCAAGUCCUUUGUCAAUAGGACAAACUCUGAGUUCCCCUGGUGGGUUUUUUGAGUUAGGCUUCUUCAGUCCAAACAAUACCCGGAACCAGUAUGUUGGGAUCUGGUUCAAGGAGAUCGUUCCUCGGGUAGUUAUUUGGGUGGCUAACAGAGACACACCAGUCAAAAACUCUGCGGCGAAUCUCACCAUCAGCAGCAAUGGGAGCCUGAUCUUGCUUGAUGGGAAACAAGGUGUUAUUUGGUCAACAGGAGAAACUCCCACAACCAGCAAGUGUCAUGCCGAGCUUUUAGAUACCGGAAAUCUUGUUGUAGUUAAUGAUGUUUCAGGGGAAACAGUAUGGCAAAGCUUCGAGAAUCUUGGUAACACUAUGGUGCCUCAAGCAUCAUUGAUGUAUGAUACUCCUCAUGGCAAGAAGCGUGUGUUGACUACAUGGAAAAGUGACAGCGAUCCAUCUCCUGGUGGGUUCUCACUGGAGAUCACACCACAAGUCCCCUUGCAAGGCCUUAUAAGGAAAGGCUCAGCGCCUUACUGGAGAACUGGUCCAUGGGCAACAACAAGAUUCUCUGGGUUCCCACAAUUUGAUGAAUCAUAUGUAAGUCCAUUCAGCGUUGUCCAGGAUCUAGCAACGGGGACAGGAUCUUUCUCUUAUUCUCAGUUAAGAAACUACAAUCUAUCGUAUCUCACCCUAACACCAAAGGGGCAAAUGGAGAUUUAUUGGGAUGACGGCAAAAAAUGGAUGCAUCACUUAACGGCUCCAGUAAGCUCAUGUGACAUAUACGGUGCGUGCGGGCCUUUUGGUCUGUGUGUGAGAUCCGAUACCCCGAGGUGCAUAUGCUUGAAAGGGUUUGUACCAAAGUCAGAUGAGGAGUGGAGAAAAGGGAAUCGGACAAGUGGGUGUGUGAGACGUAAACAGUUAUCUUGCCAGGCGAAUUCUUCUAUGAGAACACAAGGCAGAGACACAGACAUCUUCUAUCGUAUGACCGGUGUAAAGACUCCGGAUCUGCACCAAUUUGCGAGCUUUCUCGAUGCAGAUAUGUGCUACCAAGGUUGUCUAGGAAACUGUUCUUGCACAGCGUUUGCCUAUAUAAGUGGGAUUGGAUGCUUAGUAUGGAAUGGAGAGCUAGUAGACACUGUUCAGUUUAUGUCUAAUGGAGAGACUCUCUCCAUCCGUGUUGCAAGUUCGGAAUUGGCUGGAAGCAGCAGAACCAAGAUUAUCGUAGGUACUACUGCAAGCCUUUCCGUUUUCGUGAUAUUGGUCUUUGCCGCAUAUAUGGCCUGGAGAUGCAGAGGGAAACAAAAUGAACCGACUCCCAUUGUCAUCGAUACUUCACAAGAUGCAUGGAAGAAUGAUUUUGAACCACAAGAUAUCUCAGGCCUUGAGAUCGAUUGGCCGAAGAGAUUCGAAAUCAUUCAAGGUAUUGCGCGUGGACUUCUCUAUCUCCACCGUGACUCACGCCUUAGGGUCAUUCACCGAGAUCUGAAGGUUAGCAAUAUUCUUCUGGACGAGAAGAUGAACCCGAAAAUAUCAGAUUUUGGGUUGGCUAGGAUGUUUCAGGGAACACAAUAUCAGGACAAUACCCAAAGGGCUUGGGAGUCUUGGUGCGAGUCCGGGGGAUCGAGUCUUCUGGACAGAGAUCUUAGUGAUUCAUGCAACGCGUCUGAAGUUGCGAGAUGUGUUCAGAUUGGUCUUCUCUGUGUUCAACACGAAGCUAUAGACAGACCCAACACUCUUCAAGUGCUGUCUAUGAUAACUUCAACAACAGAUCUUCCAAUACCAAAGCAGCCAAUAUUUGCUGCGCAAACUCUGAACGUGCAACCUCUAUACGAUGUGUCAAUGUCUAAAGAUCUUAUCUCUGUCAAUGAGUUAACACAAUCUGUGAUCCAGGGGCGAUAAGCUCUUAGUAUAUAUAUAUACUUCAGUGUGUAGAUUCAUGAGCCUAAAAUUUUGAGAUCCCACUUUUUUAUGGUCUCUUAUUAAUAUACAAAGUUUCGUUGACUCGGUCAAAAUACUCAAAGCAAGUAAAUACAGUAUUGUUAUUAACAGUGUGUGUGCAUCACAAUGAUAAAGUUGUCUUUUUUAUUGAGUGAUGUUAUCUUCUCUUGCGUUUCUCGGCAGUUAAAAGUCUGCGACUUUGGUUACAAUCGUUGAUGCCCAGAUGCUCGGAGUUGGAUUGAUCCGCCAUAGUUUUCUGGGUAAGGGCCGUCUCUUUCUGUGAAGGUCUUCGACGUUGUCUUUGCGUUCAACAUUAGAACUUUUGGAUCAUGCACUGAAUGUGUUCGGUGAAAUGCGUGAACGAGAUGUCAAGUUUCAAAGUCUUGGGACCAAUUGUUGAAGCCGCCCAUCAAAAGUCAUACUUCAGCUAUUACCGAACUUUUUUGAGUCUUGAGGUAACGUUUUGUGGCUCUUCACCAUCCAAAUUCCAUUGCCUUGCCUGAGCAUGCCAAACGGAAGUAACGUACUUGUAAAAUAUUGCAAAAGCGUUCUCGUGCUCUGUUUUGUUUUUGUCGGUUAUAUUCCUAGAAGUUCUGAGAUGUGAAUGCUUUGUUUGUGAUGUGGUGACUGGUUAGAUUGAAAGUUGUUGACUUAAUUUAUGGUUAAGGCCCAGAGAUGAGAAUAUUCAAAGUUAUCUGCUGAAGCAACAUGGAAUAAUAAAAUAUGGAAAAAAUUAAUAUUUUUUUUGUUUUGUUGGUGUGAAUGGAGAGAUGUGAUUCUAGUGGUCAAUGCGGUCCAUGGUUUGUCUUUUUAAAAUUGCGGUCUGGAUGGCUUAUUAUUAUAAUCACGAUAUAUAAAAAAAUUAAGGAGCCGCCAUGGAUACAUCCGAGAGGUUUCAUACUUUUGUAAGAUGUACAGGAAGGAAGUUUGUUCUGUUAUUGGAUUGACUUUAUGCAGAGCUUUUUUCAUAAACUGAAAUCUUGAAAAGAGCUCUUGUAUUGACUUUAUGCAGAGCUUUUUCAUAUGGGAAAGAUUGAUAUUGUUUUCUUUGCUUCCUUCUUCUUUUUGCUGAUCAGGUUCUCAAGUUAUGGCUACGCAGCUAUAACCAAAGCAAGUCCUUUGUCGGUAGGACAAACUCUAACCUCACCUGGUGGAUCUUAUGAGUUCGGUUUCUUCAGUCCUAACAAUUCUCGGAAUCAGUAUGUUGGGGUCUGGUUCCAGAACAUCACUCCUCAGGUCGUUGUUUGGGUGGCUAACAGAGAUAAGCCAGUCACAAAACCCACGGCGAAUCUCACCAUCAGCAGCAAUGGGAGCCUCAUCUUGCUUGAGGGAGAACAAGAUUUUGUUUGGUCGAUAGGAGAAACGUUCUCAUCCAACGAGUUUCGAGGAAACGUGUUUUAUCUUCCUGGAGAAGUCCCACAGAUCCUUCACCUGGAGAAUUCGUAGCUGAGCUUACCACACAGUUGCCUCCGCAAGGCUUUAUAAUGAGAGGCUCUAGGCCUUACUGGAGAGGCGGUCCAUGGGCGAGGGAAAGGUUCACUGGCACACCAGAAAUGGAUGAAUCACAUGUAAGCCGGUUCGGCGUUUCCCAAGAUGCAGCAGCUGGAACAGGUUUUUUGACUUAUUCGUUGCAAAGAAACUCUAACCUUUCGUACACUACGCUGACAUCAGAGGGCUCGUUGAAGAUUCUUUGGCAUGAUGGCUCUGGUUGGGUUAAUGACUUUGAGGCCCCAGUAAGCUCAUGUGAUGUUUAUAAUGCAUGCGGACCUUAUGGGUUGUGUGUGAGAUCUAAUCCUCCAAAGUGUGAAUGCUUGAAAGGCUUUAUACCAAAAUCAGACGAGGAGUGGAAUAGAAGGAACUGGACCGGUGGUUGUGUGAGAAGAACAGACUUAUCUUGUCGUGUAAACUCUUCUGUAACAACACAAGACAAUGAUGCAGACGCCUUCGACACUGUUGCAAAUGUGAAGCCUCCAGAUUUUUACGAAUAUCUAAGCUUGAUCAAUGCAGAGGAGUGCCACCAGCGUUGUCUUGGAAACUGUUCUUGCAUGGCGUUUUCCUAUAUUGAACAAAUUGGAUGCUUGGUGUGGUAUCGAGAGCUCGUCGAUGUAAUGCAGUUUUCUGCUGGUGGAGAGAUUCUUUCCUUCCGUCUUGCCAGUUCUGAGUUGGCUGGAAGCAAUCGUACCAAGAUAAUCGUAGCUAGCACUGUCAGCAUUUUUGUUUUCAUAAUCUUGGUUUUAGCCUCUUAUUGGUUCUGGAGAUACAAAGCAAAACAAAAGGUUCAUAGACCAACUCCCACAUCCAUAGAGACUUCACAAGAUGCAUGGAAGAAAGAACUGAAACCACAGGAUGUAAAUUUCUUUGAUAUGCAAACCAUAUUAACUAUCACCGAUAACUUCAGCAUUGAAAAUAAGCUUGGUCAAGGUGGAUUCGGUCCAGUAUACAAGGGAAAGCUGCAAGAUGGGAAGGAGAUAGCUAUAAAACGCCUUUCGAGCAGCUCUGGACAGGGUCUAGAGGAGUUCAUGAAUGAAAUAAUACUCAUCUCUAAACUCCAACACAGAAACUUGGUUCGGCUUAUGGGAUGCUGCAUUGAAGGAGAAGAAAAACUUUUGAUUUAUGAGUUUAUGGUGAACAAAAGCCUCAACACCUUUAUCUUUGAUUCCACGAAAAAGCUUGAGCUUGAUUGGCCCAAGCGGUUUGAAAUCAUUCAAGGUAUUGCUUGUGGACUUCUCUAUCUUCACCGUGACUCAUGCCUCAGGGUUGUGCACCGGGAUUUGAAGGUCAGCAACAUCCUUUUAGAUGAAGACAUGAACCCAAAGAUAUCAGAUUUUGGAUUGGCUCGGAUGUUUCAAGGAACACAACAUCAAGCCAACACUCGCAGGGUUGUUGGAACUCUAGGAUACAUGUCUCCGGAAUAUGCAUGGACAGGAAUGUUCUCUGAGAAAUCAGACAUCUAUGCAUUUGGAGUUCUACUAUUAGAAAUCAUAACGGGCAAGAGGAUCUCAAGCUUCACCGUUGGAGAGGAAGGCAAAAGUCUUCUCGAAUAUACAUGGGAUUGUUGGUGCGAAAGUGGUGGAGCUGAUCUAUUGGAUCAAGAUAUAUCCAGUUCUGGUUCUGAAAUGGAAGUAGAGAGAUGUGUUCAGAUUGGUUUGCUCUGUAUUCAACAGCAAGCUGUGGAUAGACCUAACAUAGCACAAGUCAUGUCGAUGCUUACUACAACAACGGCUCUUCCGAAACCAAAACAACCUGUUUUCGCAGUGCUGAAUCAAGAGAGUGAUUCAGAGUCUAAGAGUGUGUAUUCUGUGAAUAAUAUAACACAAACUGCUUUAGUUGGUCGAUAAAAAGCAUUUGCUUUUGCAAAUGAUUCACUAUGUUUACAAAACUGAAUCGGUUGUAAAAUGUUGUAAAGAUAUUGGAUGUUAAUAUGCUGAGGAUUUGUUGAAUCUUUGCUUAAAAUGUUUUGACUCUUGUGAAUAAAUGAACAAAAGAGUUCAA